AUGAAGUUGUUACUUACUGUGAUGACCAGCCUGGCCCUGGCCCAGGCGGCUCAGCUUCCGUUCCAGCGUCCUGUUACCGUCCGUGACGCUCAGGAUCUUGCCGCCAGGAGCCAUGUCCGUAUUGUCAACGGAUUUCCGGCCUCACCAGGUCAGUUCCCGUACCAAGUGUUCCUGAAAGGAUUUACUAGCGGCGAUGUUCGAGCCUGCGGUGGUUCUUUGCUCUCUAACGAGUGGAUCCUGACGGCUGCUCACUGUAUGACUGACGUUCAGUGGUUCGAAAUUGUCAUGGGAACCGUUGUGUCAGCUGCCCCCGAAGUGCUAGGAUACUCCACCAACUUUUUCCAGCAUAUAUCGUACAACCCCACUAACCUCAACCAUGAUAUUGGCCUGAUCCGACUCGAUAGACCGGUAGCCUUUUCACAGAACAUUCAACCGGUCAACCUACCGACUGCCGAUCGUGCCAUAGAAACGUUCUUUAAUUAUCUUGCGACCGUGUCCGGAUUCGGACGCACUAGCGACAUUGGCCCCAUAUCGCCGAUUAAAAACUGGGUAAAUAUCCGUAUCAUCGCGAACGGAGCUUGUGCUGCGGUGUUCGGAUCAUCGGUUGUGGUUCCGUCGACCAUCUGCGGUACCGGAGCUGAGGACGCGGACCAGAGUACCUGCCAGGGCGACUCUGGUGGCCCACUAACCAUUCAGGAGGGUGGCGCCAGCGUGCAAAUUGGUGUAGCUUCGUUCGUUUCAUCGGCCGGAUGCAAGGCCGGACAUCCGUCCGGCUACGUACGAACCACUCACUUCCGCUCGUGGAUCACUGGCCAGACCGGAAUCUAA